AUGAGUUCAGGAUCGCAAGGCUCCCGCUUCAGUGGCUAUGAGCAGCAGUACUCGCCUUAUGAAGGGUACUCCCCUUCCGCUGAGCCGCAGCGAGCUUCGAAAAGCAGGCAGCAGAUCCCUCAAGCGGGUCCUGUGGACACAGGGCCAGCGUGCGACAGCCGGUACAUAGAGCGCCCCGGGGCACCGUCGGUAGCCACACCGAGGACGAGGGCCAGUCGUCCAGUUCCCCGGGAGGCGGAGGAGAGCGGCGUUGGACCGGAGCCCAAGCUGCCUGCCGCGACGCCGUCCAGAUCAGAGAGAGGAAAGGAAGUCCCUGACUCAAGGCAAGGGGCUGCCAAGAUUGCGGAUCCGGCGCAAGGGGCACAGCAGCCCACAGCGGCGGCAGAGCCACGAGAGAGGAAGCCGUCGGUGCUGCUGUUCCUGGCGUGCUCCGUGGCAUUCGUCGCCGUCGCCGUGGCGGUCAUCCUGGUGUACACCUUCGGCACCCCCGCAACGGCGAGGCGCCUCAAGAGCCCGCGCUUCUGCGGCGACGUGCCUUCCUGGAGGACGAACCGACUCAAGAAUGACUUCAUGAAGUGCUCGGAAGAGUCCUGCUCCAAGAUCGCGUGCGGACCGAUCAACGACACUUGGUGCCUGACUGGGGCGCCGCCAUUCGACAGCAAGUGCGAGUGCUGCGACUGGUGCAUCGUCCGAGACCUCGUCUGCGGCAAGCGGGCUCGGGUGAGCAGCGGCUCCAAUCCGUACGCUUCCUGCCAGGCAAGUUGCGGACGCCUCUGAAGAGCCAUACGAGAGAUUGCCUGCCCUACGGCUGGUGCUUCUCGAGGCAAGACGUAUGUUGCGGUAUAAAAGGUGAUUGGCAAGAAAACUUCGAUGUUAUAUUUAUUUUUUCUGCCUUUAAAUGUUUAUCCCGUGAAAAAGUACAGUACCUUGCGUGUAGAUCUGCUGUCAGAUGGACGAUAGUAAGGUUGAGCUCGCUGAUUCCGGACGUACGUAAUAAAGGGCAAAGCCCCUGCGCGUUGGUUCGUGCGUUCGAAAAUGUGUGAC